CCUUUGGAUGCCAACACACACACGAACACAGGUGAUGUGAACACAAUACAAGCAAACGUUUUCAUACAAUUUUACGCCUAGAAACAGAAGAAUGUCGAGCUCGAAGGAGAAAGAGUGGAGCAUCUCCUUCGCUGGCUGUGGUUUUAUGGGCAUUUAUUACGUGGGCGCCUGUAGCUGUAUCCUGGAGCGGUUCCCCUGUCUCAUCCGAAAUGCAUCCAAGAUCUACGGGGCCUCGGCGGGGGCCCUGAUGGCCGCGUCCCUCACCACGGGAGUCCCGCUGGAGACCUGCUGUACGGAUUUGAUGUACAUGGCAAAGGAGGCCCGGAAGCAUAAACUGGGCCCACUGCAUCCAUCUUACAACCUGCUGCAGCUGGUGAAGGACUCGCUGCUGGCCGCCCUGCCGCCCGAUGCCCACCUGCGUGCCUCCGGGAAGCUUUGUAUCUCGUUGACACGGGUAUCCGACGGCAAAAACGUCCUAGUGUCCGACUUUGACAGCCGAGAGGAGCUCGUUCAGGCACUUUUGUGCAGCUGUUUUGUCCCUUUCUACUGUGGAAUCAUUCCUCCUACCUACCGUGGCGUGCACUACGUGGACGGCGCGGUCAGCGACAACUUGCCCAGCUGCCACCAGAAUAGUACCAUCACCGUGUCGGCAUACGCCGGCGAGAGCGAUCUCUGCCCCCGAGUGAACACACCCAGCUUCCACCAGGUGCGCUUCAACAACGUCAGCAUCCAGGUCAACUCGGAGAACAUGUACCGGGUGACCAGCACCUUCUUCCCGCCACAGCCAGAGGCCAUGGCUGAGAUCUGCCAGAACGGCUGGACGGAUGCGCUCCGCUUCCUGCAAGACAACAAUCUUAUAUACAGUGAACCUCCCCCAAGGAGUUUGGUGGCUCUUUCACCCAAACCAGCAUGUUGUAAUCUGGUUGAGGUACCAGUGAAAGUUCUGGGGUCCAGUGAGGAGCACUGGUGGCUAAACCCGUGCAUCAUCGAGAACCUCCCAGUUAACCUAAAAAAAGUGUUGUGUGUGUCGUGCAGACAAGCGCACCCUGGUGGCGGUCUCCUGUCUCACAUAUCCGAGCUGCUUCCGCUCAAAGUGCCCUCCUCCUUCCUGUGGUUCCCAAGUUCACUAGCACGAAGAGUGGCACACUGGCUGCCGGACCUGCGCCAGGACCUGAGCUGGCUCUACAGCGCGGCGGGAGCCUUCCACAAGAAUGUCUACAACAAAGAUGAGGAGGGGGAUGAAGGGGUGGCGCCAAGGGUGCAAAGAUGCUCCAGCCUGCCAUUGGGCCUGAACCUGUGUGCUGACCAGGACGAUACUACGCCCAUGUCCAGCUUGGCGUCCAAUGAAAUAGAUGCAUACAUACCCCUAACUCCGCCCCCUACUCCCACCUUGAAGCCGGAGUUUAGAGACAUGACAUCAUAAGGUCUGAGGAAGUUAUUAUAAUUUAAUAAAACGGUAUUUCUCGUGACGUUCAUUUCAGUGUGAGGCGGAUCAAUGUACUACGAUAAUGGACUUGAGUAGGUAUUAUUUAAAGACUCUGUAAAAAGAUAAAAAGUCUUAUAAAUUUGACACACAAUAGAGCUCCUCCCCAACAUACAAAGCUUGCCUUUCAAUUGAGCUGUGUCACUUCAACAUACAGUACUUCCUUGACACCAAUUCCUAUUUUGACAGGGCUUUGACGGGAUAUUUUGCCAUCUUAGGGCAUUUCAGAACGAGCACAAAAAACGUGAAUAGAUAAUUUUCUCAUGACACCAUGCACCACCAUUUUAGAGGCACAUAGUUUUGUCCCUAUUGAGUAUUUAAAUAGAGACAACCCCUGUUCUCAACCGCCAACAAGGCGGAAAAAUACUGAUCACGUGAUCAAAAAUGAUCUAUAGGUUAGUUUUUCCAGUGACUCGCUGGGUGAGGAUAGAUUACUCAGGAAAAACACUAUUUAGGUGAAUAGUGAACUGCAAAUAUGCGGGGUAUUACCGUAUACACUUCUUUAGUUGACUUUUUUUUUUUACAGGUGGUGUGAUUAAUGGCAAAUAAUUUGAGGCAGGAACAAAGAAAAUUGAUUCUAAAGCAAUAUUGGACAUGUACUGAAGUAAAGAAAGAAGGCAGAAAUGUGGUUAUAAGCAAAGAAAGAAAUGAUGCAAAAUUAAAAGGGGGAGUGAAGAUAGGAAGGCGGUCAGGAAGGAAAAGACACGUGGGAAGAAAGCCGGUCUGAGGAGAAGCAAGACAGGAAAGUCUGUUUCAGUCAAGGAAGUAAGGAUGCAAUGAACUGUGAGGAAAGGAAAGAAGGAAGCAAGUCAGGAAGAAAAAAAACUGAAAAUGUUAUAAAAUGAAUUUUUUUUAAAGUAUAUACCUACUUUUGACCCAUACGUAUACAUUUCUCUUCAAUUGAGAUGAUACUAUAGUGUUGGUGGGGGUGCAGGGACGUAUUUGAAUAUGCUUUGGAAAAAUAAAGUGCUGAGUCUUAGAGAAUGAAUAACUAGUGGCCCUUCCCCUUUAGAGCGUCCUAGUUAGAUAAACAUGUUAUGUACUGUAUAUGCUGUUAUGAAGCAUAUCAUGUGAUGUGAUCCUGUGUUUUCAAACAUUUGACACGAGGCUGACAGGGUUGACUGUUCAACCUCAACUCCCGCUUGAUAACUCCAUAGUCAAAAUGACGAAAAUAAGAAGGAAAAUAAGAAUAUGGAGGAAAACAGCAGUGGGAAGUAACAUUCUAUUUACCUGUGUACCUGUAAUACAAACAACAUAAUAAUCAUACAAAAGCAUAAUUGUCAGAGUGCAAUCCAGUGUUGUCAACAUGUUUGUUAUCUAUUUAGUGAGCCUUCAAAAUGUUCAUAUUUCACAAAUGUGGAGGGUUGUUUGUGCUGAAAUUAAAUUUGUAGCCAAUUACAUUUAUUUAAAUGUGACAUUUAUUAACUUAUCAUUUUAUCAAUUACACUGUGAAAUAUAAUCUUUGGUAAUCCUAUUUAUAUUUAUAGCUUUAUAGUGUAUAUAUGUUUAAAUAUUAAAAAGAUGUUAUUUGAUGGCA